AGCUAAACAGGUGCCGACUCUACGCAACCCCGCGUGCUCGUUAAGGCUUCCAAUGGGUGUGUGCCACUUGCGUGUACGUACCAUGACAGCUGCAAGAACGUAGUACGCUCGUCCAAAGCUUAUGGCCCAUCCUGAAACCUAGUAAUUGUGGCUGCAUGUCCUGUCCCAUCCUGUACUGUCCUGUCUGUUCGCUUUUUUAAAAGGAUUCUCUUCUCUCCGCUUUCACGGGACACGGGGAUUGUUUGAUUUGCUAGGAUUUUUCGUCAUCGUGGGAGAUUUCGCCUGUAAGAAACGCGGGAUGCCGCUCACCUUUUGACUGCCUGCACGGAGAUGACUGGUAGUCGAUUCUAUCAGAUAUAGAAUAAAGCCGAAGCACCAGUUUUCUUUUCUUCUUCUCACUUCCUUUGACAUGUUAUACAUACUCCAUGCCCCAUCUCUAUCUAGUUCUUUCCAGGAUCAUCAGGAUAACAUUUUCCUUUCUUUUUUACUGCUCCCACUUUAGACAUACACUGGCACCUGCUUACUUGGUCCAAAGAUGGCUGGCGACUUUUCCAACAGAGCACCUUGGAAGCGUUCGGCAUGUGAUCGCUGCCGCGCACAGAAGCUGCGAUGUCACCGAGAUUCAGGCCACUCAACAGACGCAUGUCUUAGAUGCCUCAAAUCUGGCAUUGAAUGUGUCACUAGCAAAGCACGUCCAACAGGUCGUCCCCCCUCAAGACAGGUGCAGCCCACCGUCGUAGUUGAGCAAGGUGAUACCAGCUCGUCGUCACACACCACAGACUCGUCACCCUCGGCGGGCGGCACAGACAUGAGCAACAUGAUGAACUUUGAGUAUGAUUUGUCGCUAGACAACAUCUUGGACAGCAUUGGGAUGCAACACUCUGAUUUCAUGGUCAAUGACAAUAUCCUCGUCGACAUUUCCCCCCUGUCGUCGUCCCAAUCGACGGGCCAACACAGCGUUACACAGGCACAGGUACAGGCACAGACAGUGGACCCCAGCACCAUCCAAUCCACAGCGUCGUACCAAUUCAACAGCCUACCGAGUACCAGUUCCAUGGACUCUGCCUUACCCAUAAGAAGCGAUCAUGUCGAGCUGCUUCUGUCAAGGCUGCAUUCCAAAUUGUCUGCCCAGCUCUACUCCAUCAGAUCGUCCCCAUGGGACAUAAAGGGUACCCUGAACCUUUCCUUAGCCCAUCAGGGUAUUGGUCAAGAUUUUGAAAACUGCGAGUCCCAUCCUCUAGUCCAAGUAUCACAAGCUUGCACUGAGCUCGAGAGGCUCUUGUCUGGCCUUCGCGUCCCCGCGUCUGCUGAACAUACGCCCUCAUCGUUUUCAUACACGCCAGCUGUGCCACCACGAUUACGCACAACGCAGCUCCUCAUUGCACUUUCGUGCUACAUACAAAUUGUUUCAAUCUAUGGUAUCAUAUUCUCAAAAGUAUUCGACUACCUCCUCAGCACCUCCAAGACGUCAAAUGGCUCAUAUCAGUCAUCCCCAUUAACUCUCUACAUCGGAGGUCUUCCUAUUCCUCCCAAUGAAACAUUAUCCGGAAAUCUGCUCGUUCACCUCAUCGAGCAUCAGCUUCACCAAAUUGAACAGCUCAUGGGCUUGCCGGAGCAUUACAGAGUAUCCUCUAGAGCUAAAGACACUAAAGAUGGAGAAUUGGGGUUAUUUGGGAGUCAGCACAGUCAGUCUCUGCUUAACGCAGCGAUACAGCUUGGAGAAGAUAGAGACGGGAACCAUGACGACAUAAGAUGCGUCCGGGCAUUAAAGGUAGUGAUGCGCCAGAUUAAAGAUUUUUAGACACCUGUUUAUAGAAGUUCUGGGAGUUUGUUCAAAAUGAUUGCUAUAGAUUUCUAAUAGAGUAAAACUUACAAGUCUAGAGAUUCAGCUGGCUCACGUGUUUGAACUGUUGACUGUACUGGUGAAUCUUCUGGUUUUACUAAAUCGUCAUGAAUAAUCAUUGUGCCGUGCCCUCUGAUCCCGUGGGAGCGUAAUCCUGGUUGCCCAGGACUUUUGUGGUGGUGGUGAGAGAUGACUCGUGGUGUCAGCAUUGUGCGGGAUUCGUCGGUGAUCUCGGAUGAGCUGUUUCAGAUUAUUGAAGAACAAUAUGAAGAUAUCUA